AUGGGAGCAGAAGGCGCAAAGGCUGAAGAUAUUGGGAAGUACUUCACUGACAGGAAGUACCGUGGAAGCAAUCAGGACUUCCGAAACCUCCAAGCUAAGUUCCAGGCCUCUCAAGAGCCUGGAGAACCAUCCAGAAAACCCAUAAAGCCUGAGUUCAACAAACUCCUGAAGAAGUUUCCACAGACUGAGUUAAGCGAGCAGCCCAAGAAGGCCUCACAGUCUGAGCUCAGCACAGUGUCCCUGAAACCCCUGCAGCUGCAGUUUACGGACAUCCCCAAGAAGACCUCACAGUCAGAGGGUCUCAGAAAGUCACCACAGCCUGAACUCAAACAUUUCCCAAGGAAGCCUCCACAUCCAGAGUUCACUAAUCUCAAGAAGCCCUCACAGGCUGAGUUCACAGAUUCCAAGAAGCCCCCACAGCCCCAGUUUGCCAGCUUCCCUAAGCCCUCACUGCCUGAGUUCACUAAUCUCCCCAAGAAGCCUCCAAAACUCGAGUUUGGUGAACUCACCAAGUCUCCACAGCUUGGGGAACCCCAGGAACCUAGUAUAUCUACCCAGAAGCCCCUGAAAUCUGAGCUCAGCAAUACUGCCAGGCCCCCAGUAGAGCUCAAACCUACCACAUUUCCCAAGAAGUUCUGGCAGCCUGAAUCCAGUGAGGCCCCUCUGAAGUCCUUGCCCAAGAAGCCACUGCAAUCUCAGGCUGCUGGUUCCUCUAGGAAGUCCCUGACACAGGUAGAGUCCAGCGAAGUUCCUCAGACAUCCAAGCCUGGGUCCAGUGAGUUUUACCCCCACUCGCCAGAGCCUGAUGUCAGUACCUUUCCCAAGAAGUCCCUGCAGUCUGAGCUCAAUGAGAAUUUCAAGAAAUCUCCAUCUCUUCAGGCCACUGGUUGCACAAAGUAUCCACAGCAGCCCAUGUCCUAUGAGGUACCCCAGACAGCCCCCUGGAAGCCUGAGUCAUAUAAUCCCCCAUCUCACUCCCUGCAGCCGGACGUCCAUGCAUUGCCCAAGAAGCAUCCACAGCUCCAGCUAAGUGACCUUACCAGGACAUCCUCGGAGCCCGAAGUCUGCAAAUUUCCCAAGAAGCCUCAGCAGCCAGCCCCCAAAGUGCUUUCUAAGAAGCCUUCGCAGCAGGAACUGGGUCAUCUCCCUAGAACAUCCUCAGAGCCUGAGUUCAGCUCACUCCCCAGGAAGUUUCUGAAGCCUCAACAUGGCAAGUUCUUCCAGGCUGACUUUCCCAAGGGUCUGCCCGGAAAGCCCAAACUUCCUGGUUCAGUAUCUGAGUGCUCUCUGCCCCCUGCCUUUGAGGGUUCCAGCCCCCAGUUCCCCCUCAGCCCUGGGUAUGGAAUCUCUCGGGCACCCAAUUGGAGAUCAGAAGACUUCCAAGUCCAGCACCCGCCCCAGCGAAGGCCUUUGCCUUCAGCCAGCAGCCUGGGAUCUCCUCCAGCCAAGCCCCCAUUACCACCUGUCCCCAUCAGUAUCCAAAGCUUUCGGAGAGCCUCAGCAACGGCCACAGCUGUCCUGAAGACUGGCUCUUCUGAGACCCACUUCCCAGCCCAACCCCAACAGACCCUGCAGAACCCGGACGAGAUCUAUGAGCUGUAUGAUGCUGUGGAAGCCACAAGUGACUCUAGUCUCAGCCCAAGGGGCAGAGAUGAAGUGCAGACUACCCAGCAAGUCACCAGAUGGCCUCAGCAGGAUGCAGAGCUCAGGAAGAAUGCUACUCAACUACAGCAGCUGCCACCCACAGACCCCAAGCUGCUGAAACAGAUCAGGAAGGCAGAGAAAGCUGAGAGAGAGUUUAGAAAGAAGUUCAAGUUUGAAGGUGAGAUUGUGAUUCAAACAAAGAUGAUGAUUGACCCCAAUGCCAAGACCCGGCGUGGGGGUGGCAAGCACCUGGGUAUCCGUCGUGGAGAAAUCCUGGAGGUGAUCGAGUUUACUAACAAGGAUGAGAUGCUGUGCCGGGACCCCAAGGGCAAGUAUGGCUACGUACCCAGAAUUGCACUGUUGCCCUUGGAAACAGAAGUAUACGAUGAUGUCAGCUUUUGGGACCCUCUGGACAACCAACCAUUUCCUCAGGGACAGUAA